AAUACUUUUUUUUAAUUUGUAACAGUGUAGCAUAAUUUAUGAAUGUACCUAUACGUAUAAUUGUAAUUUUCACUUGAAACAUUUGACACGACGCACACCUGUACCCUACAAUGGCCGGAAGUCGCCUACCAUAAGGAGCUGAGCUAGUAUGGUUGGCAGGUGUGGAAUUCAUAACAAAAAUCCAGUCUAGCCUGAUUUUUAGAUUGAGGACUAUAUUAACGCCACCGGUUGUGUUUUUCAUCCGAGAAGAGAUUCGUCUUGGAACAGUGAUCAAAUAACAGGACCUUUGUUUGGGGGAGAAAAGUAUCGAGCAAAGUAGGAAUUUUAAUCAAUUGUCUCCUCAUUCGAGAACGCCUAGGACUGAUCAUGUCUCAGGGUGGGAAUAUUUUGCCAGACGACAAAGUUUUUGCUGACUUUAGAAAACAAUGCUGGGCUAUGGACAACUGGCACAGCAAAUAUGAUAAGAAUGGAAUGGAAGUGUGGGUUGAGACUCCGUCCGUUACAUCUUCACAUGGGAGUAAGAAUAAGCCUCAAAAAGUUCACAAAAUCAAGUGCAGAAUGACGAUAGCAGACGUCUCAGCAGAGACAAUGUUCGACGUCCUUCAUGACAGUCAGUAUCGCAAGAAGUGGGACCCUACUAUGCUGGAAAGCUUUGAUAUCGCACGAUUAUCCGCCAACGCCGAUGUAGGCUACUACUCCUGGGUUUGUCCCAAGCCACUGAAGAACAGGGAUGUGGUGACCCUGCGCUCCUGGCAGGUGAAUGACGUGGAGUACAUCAUUGUGAACUACUCCGUCAAACACCCGAAAUACCCUCCACAUAAAGACCUGGUGAGAGCAGUUUCUGUUCUUACUGGUUACCUGAUUGUGUCAACUGGACCAAACAGCUGCUUGUUCACAUACCUUUCACAAGCUGACCCCAAAGGUUCCCUCCCCAAGUGGGUGGUGAACAAAGCCUCUCAAGUUUUGGCUCCUAAAGUCCUGAGAUGUGUGCAUAAGGCGGGACAGAACUACCAAGAAUGGAAAGCACAGAACUCCCCCAAUCGCAAGCCCUGGCUUCACCCUGAACAGAGUGAUCUGCCAAUGAUGGACGCCUCAGAGUUGUCCAUUCAGCGGGCAGACUCGCUGGAGAAUGUAGACGAGAGCUCUUCAAAAGAUGUAUCGGAGACUACUGAGGCUGAUGACAGCAGCUAAAUGUACGUGCCUUUAUGGGGACUAUAGAGGACGGGGUGGACUUACAAAUGGACUGGGAACUGGAGUCUUGAUUUUCCUCCAUGUCAUAUGUUGUCACUUGAAGACCACAGCCAGACUCACAAGCUGCUGCGAGUUCUCACCUCUGCACACUUACAAUGCCCAUCCCUGCUGACAAAGAAUGUCGUGUUCACAGCAGCUUAGGCGAGGUGCUGAUACAGAAGCUGUCAUUCGGGUUUACCUGUUUCCUCUGAAGCAGUAUGUUUCUUUUGUAUUUAUGUCACAACAGAUAUGGAAUAACUUGUUUCUUUCACGUUGUGAUUCUGCAGUGGAAUCCUGCAGUAUAAUUGCAUCAAGAGUUCCCAUCACUGUACAGUGGCCUUGUGGACAUACUGAAGUUGAUGAAGCCCUCUAUUUAUGUAUCCUGUAUUCUUUUACAGUAAAAAUGAAGGUUUUAAUGUUUCAUUUAGUGGCCAUGUGGUAUUGGAGUGGUAACAAAUGUAAUGUACCCUUCAGGGUAAUUUUUCAAAAUUAGAAUGAUCUACUUUAAAUGUACUGUACAACUAAACUUUUGAAGCCUU